AACUAAAUGCUACGGAAGAGCAAGCUAGUGAGGAAUUAGUUAAAGGUGAUGAAAAAACUAGUCAAUUAAGAACUAAACUUUGGACUGCUCAGCAGCAAAUCACUAGUUUACAACAAGAUCUAAAUUUAGCCCAACGAGUAAGUGAAUUAAGGAGCAAUAAUUCUUUUCCCACCCAAGAAACUAACGGUGGAGAAACUUACGGACUAAUCAUUUUACUAGCCGGAACUUAUCUACUUAGUGCUUGA